CGCUCCCGAUUUGCGCCGUUUGAAUGCGUUUACCGUGAAUUUCAGGAUAUAGAUGCACUAACAUGGAAGUGUCUGAGUUGACCGCAGUCACAGGGUUCCAGGUUGGUGUGGUGAGAGAGCAAACUAUCUGUGGGGAGGAGGACUGCCUGGGGCAUCGUGUCCCUGGCUCUCAAGUGACUAAGGGAGGAGCUUGGCAAACUGUUCUGCAGCAUGGAGAAGGAAGACCUGAAGGUCCUCAACAAAGGGGAAGAGGAGGAGAUGGAGCUGCAGGGCUACCGUCUGUGUCGUUGGCGGGUGGCCCUGGUGGGCUUCGGGGUGCUGUGUACGGGGGGCUUCCUCUUCCUGCUGCUCUACUGGAUGCCAGAGUGGUGCGUCAAAUCCACCUGCACCCGUACCACAGCCCGUGAUGCCGAAGUGGUAUUGCUGCGCUCCACAGAUGAGUUCCGACGCUGGUUCCUGGCCAGGGUACGAGUGAUGCUGGCCCCGGGGAGCAACCCCUUCCACAGCCUGGAGACCCAGACCACCUCCCCCUCCCCUAACUCUCCCUCCUGUCCCUUCUCCUCCCCCCAUCUGGCCAAUGGAUAUAACCCCCACUCCUCUGAUGGCAGCCCUGCUCAGGAGCUCAUCAGAAGUUUUGGUGACUACCAGCCCACACAGAUUCGGUAUUUUACCUUCCAUAGCACAAAGUAUUAUUGGAACGACGGGGCGCAGAACUUUGACGUUUUAAAUGGCCUGGAUGAUCUGCAGGUCAGCUGCUCCACCCUCCACUUGGAGCACAGUACAGGCCUGACCAGGAACCAGCAGGAGUACAGGAGACUGUUCUUCGGAGUGAAUGAAAUUGCAGUGAAAGUGCCUUCUGUUUUCAAGCUGCUUAUCAAAGAGGUUUUAAACCCUUUCUACAUCUUCCAGCUCUUCAGCGUGAUCCUGUGGAGUGCCGAUGAGUAUUACUAUUAUGCUGUGGCCAUUCUUUUCAUGUCGGUCAUAUCCAUAGCUACCUCUCUGUACACCAUCAAAAAGCAAUACAUCAUGCUUCAUGAUAUGGUGGCAACUCACAGUACUGUCCGUGUGUCUGUAUGCCGAGCCAACAAUGAAAUCGAAGAGAUUUUGUCUACUGAUCUGGUGCCCGGUGAUGUGAUGGUCAUCCCCAGCAAUGGGACCAUCAUGCCAUGUGACGCCGUGCUGGUCAGCGGCACCUGCAUCGUCAAUGAAAGCAUGCUCACAGGUGAGAGCGUUCCUGUGACGAAGACCAACCUCCCCAACCCAUUGCCCGGGGAGAUGGGGGAGGAGGAUGACAGUGCCUACAACACAGAGGAACAUAAGAGACACACACUCUUCUGUGGCACCCACGUCAUCCAGACCCGCUUCUACACAGGAGACCUGGUCAAGGCUGUGGUGGUCAGCACAGGUUUCAGCACAGCCAAAGGCCAGCUGGUGCGCUCUAUCCUUUACCCAAAACCCACCGACUUCAAGCUGUACCGUGAUGCCUACCUCUUCCUGUUGUGUCUGGUGGCUGUGGCUGGAAUUGGCUUUGUCUACUCCAUUGUCCUCAGCGUCAUGAACAAGGUGCCAGCUAAGACCAUCAUCAUUGAGUCCCUGGACAUCAUCACCAUCACUGUGCCACCGGCGCUGCCAGCCGCCAUGACAGCUGGCAUUGUGUACGCCCAGCGACGCCUCAAACAACUUGGCAUUUUCUGCAUCAGUCCACAGAGGAUCAAUAUCUGUGGUCAGAUCAAUCUGGUCUGCUUUGACAAGACUGGAACUCUGACAGAAGAUGGAUUAGACCUAUGGGGAGUUCAGAGGGUUGAGAAUGGCAGUUUCCAUCUGUCAGAGGAAAACGCAUAUAAGGAAAAUCUUGUGAAGUCCCAGUUUGUGGCUUGUAUGGCCACCUGCCACUCUCUUACCAAAAUAGAAGGCCAGCUGUCUGGAGAUCCGCUGGACCUCAAAAUGUUUGAGGCUAUCGGCUGGAUCCUGGAGGAGGCCACUGAGGAGGAAACAUCUCUCCACAACCGUAUCAUGCCCACUGUUGUCCGACCCCCAAAACAGCUGUUGCCCCCAGAGCCUGCAGCAUCACCAGAGCAGGACAUGGAACUCUAUGACCUCACGUCAGCGUAUGAGAUAGGUAUCGUGCGCCAGUUUCCCUUUUCUUCAGCACUCCAGAGGAUGUGUGUGGUGGCUCGCCUGCUGGGGGAGAAACGUAUGGAUGCCUACAUGAAGGGAGCGCCAGAAGUGGUGGCUAGUAUCUGCAAGAAAGAGACGGUGCCAGAAAACUUUGCAGAGAUUUUGGAGGGCUACACCAAGCAGGGUUUCAGGGUCAUCGCUCUGGCUCAUCGUCGACUUGAAUCCAAACUCACCUGGCACAAAGUGCAGAACAUCAACAGGGAUCACAUUGAGGCAAACAUGGAGUUCCUUGGUCUGAUCAUCAUGCAGAACAAGCUGAAGCCAGAAACUCCAGCUGUGCUGCAGGACCUCUACCGAGCCAGCAUCCGCACAGUCAUGGUUACUGGUGACAACAUGCUGACAGCCAUCUCUGUGGCCCGGGACUGUGGAAUGAUCCCUCCCCAAGAUACAGUCAUCAUUGCUGAUGCCCUCCCUCCCCAUGAUGGACAAGCUGCAAAGAUCACCUGGAGAUACGCUGACAAGGCGGGCAAGACAUCGCGCCUGGAGGACAUGAACGUCAGUCUGGAGGAUGUGUCUCACGUCGAUGAGCCCAAAACAAAAGAAUUGUAUCACUUUGCUAUGAACGGAAAAUCGUUUGCCGUCAUCUCCGAGCAUUUCCCUGACAUGCUUCAAAAGUUGGUGCUGCAUGGCACAGUGUUUGCCAGAAUGGCCCCGGACCAGAAAACUCAACUCAUUGAGGCAUUGCAAGGCGUAGACUACUUUGUGGGGAUGUGCGGAGACGGAGCAAACGACUGUGGGGCUCUGAAGAGGGCACAUGGUGGCAUCUCUCUGUCAGAGCUCGAGGCCUCUGUAGCGUCUCCCUUCACCUCCAGGACCCCCAACAUCUCCUGUGUCCCCAGCCUCAUCAAGGAGGGGCGUGCCGCUCUCAUCACCUCUUUCUGCGUUUUCAAGUUCAUGGCGCUCUACAGCAUCAUCCAGUACAUCAGCGUCACUCUCCUCUACUCUAUCCUCAGUAACCUUGGAGACUUCCAGUUCCUCUUCAUUGAUAUUGCCAUCAUCCUCCUUAUUGUCUUUACCAUGAGUCUGAAUCCGUCUUGGACGGAACUGGUGUCACGUCGUCCCCCGUCGGGUCUGAUCUCGGGGCCUCUGUUGUUCUCCGUGCUGACCCAGAUCCUCGUCUGCUUGGGCUUCCAGACCAUUACAUUCCUUUGGGUCCGACAGCAGUCCUGGUACACAGUCUGGACUCCACUUACAGAUGUCUGCAACCCGUCAGCGUAUACUAACGUGUCUGACCACAAUGACACAGAAGUGGACGACCACAACAUCCAAAACUACGAGAACACCAGCCUCUUCUAUGUCUCCUCCUUCCAGUAUCUCGUUGUUGCCAUUGUUUUCUCAAAGGGAAAACCUUUCAGGCAGCCUAGCUACAAGAAUUGGCCUUUUGUGCUGUCUGCCUUGAGUUUGUAUGUUUUCCUGCUGUUCAUCAUGUUCCACCCUGUCAAAGGCAUUGAUGAGUUUCUAGAGAUUGUUUGUGUCCCGAUUGAAUGGAAGAUAAAACUCUUCCUCAUCAUCUUAGUCAAUGCUGUGGUGUCUGUUUUCAUGGAGACCUUCAUCCUUGACAUCAUCUUAUGGAAGCUUGUGUUCAGCCGAGACAAACAGAGCAGCUUUGGCAUCACUCCUGUCGCCCCGUCACCACAGGGGGUCAUUGACCUGCGAGCGUACAAGUGUCUGUCCCGGCUGUGCUGCCCAAGCAAGAUUACACCCAAAGCUCGCUACAUGCAUCUGGCCCAGGAGCUCAGCGUGGACCCCGACUGGCCUCCGAAGCCAACCACCACCACCGAAGCCAAGUCCCACCCAGAAAAUGGCUCCACCUAUCAAAUCGUGAUCAACUCCUAGCACCCCCCCACAGCACCUCACACUAUCUAAUCUAUCCCUCCGAUACAGGAGACAUGUACGCAUAUGCCGCGUGUUCAGUGAACGCGCCUUCAACCUAUUCAAAUUACAUUGUCAUAAGAUAAUCGCCUGUUGUUACAGUUCACACAGACUUGCGUCUAAUACUGUAGUUCCAGAGAGUUUGCUGCAAAAACCUUAAGUACCAAACACAGUCUCUCAGCACUCUUGCUCUCUCUGGCUCAACCACUCACGCGGUCUCAGGUCUCUCUUGCUCGUCUUUAAAUGUAAUUUAAAUAUCAGUAACUUUUAUUGUAAUUCCCAUCCCUUAUUGCAAUGUCUGUUCUCCAACGCUGAGGAGCAUUCAACCCAGGCUGGGAGGUGGGGUGAUAUGCCAGGUGGAAUAUGCGCGCUGAUCUCUUCAGAUCGACUGCCAAUGCAGUUUUAAUAUCGCCUCACUUUGUCUGUGUGAAAGGGGUAUAAAAGAGCCGAAGUAGCACUCCGCUAGGAAAUGGAGGAAGUAGAAUAAGGAGUACAGUAUAGGAUGAAAAAGAUGGUAGUUUAGAAGAAUGGUUGUACUUUGGCCCUCUAAAGUAUGACCCACUCUUACUUAGACGGCGAGUAAGAUAAUUGGUCGAUAGAGGAAGAUUUUGAACUGUUUGAGGAAGAGGAUGGAAGAAAAAGGUUUCAUUGACCAACACUGUAUGAUCUGAUCAUAUAUACAGUUUUUAAAAGCAGCAAUUCCUCUGCAUUGCUGAGCAGCCUACACCUUACUUCAGUUUGUUCACACAGUAACAAUGACAGGCGGUGCAGGCUCGGAUUGCUACUAUGUAGUGGUCUUAUACAGCUAAUGUAAAUGCAUAGAGGGUCAUUUUAAUGAGCUAGCAUUACCACCUGGCCAGUGCUCAUUUGAGUAUUGAAUCAUAACCAAAAAGAAACGCUUUAAAGCUUACCAUGGACCCACAGGAAUGAAUGGAAAAUAAUAAUCUGAGACCAGUAUUCAAAUAGUCUUUCAAGCACACUGAAUUGUAGGAGAUUAGGAAUCUCGAAACAACUUCAAUUGCACACCUCCGGCAGAACUUCCAUUUGCUGUCGAGAGCCAGCAACGGAGUUAUGGAAAAGUACAGAAAAUGAAACGGGGCAUUUCCAAAUUUUAAGAUUUGGAAACUUUACAAUAAGUCUGUUGUCCCCGACCGCAUUUAAUUUAAGCUCUCAGAAAUUUUGAAAAUGUUAUAUAUAUAUAUAUCUCUUACGUUAUAAGUAGGCAAGUUAGGUUAAGGGAAAGUGUUUUUAAAAUGAAUCACAAAUUACAGUACAUUAUACAUCAGAUUGAUGAUUGAAGCUACAAAGUGAUGAACCACCUCAACUUUUGGCCAGAUUAUGAGGAAAAUGCAACCUCCAAUGACUUCCUUAUAGUCAAAACUUUAGUGCUUGUAGAAAGUAAAGGACUUAAAGAGAACAGUGAGGGAGACAGAUGUGCUCAUCCUCUCUCAACCACAAGCUGGGACCUCUGGCAGGAUCUCAUUAUGAUUGUCACUUUGUCAGAGUUUACCUUUUUAAAGAUGUGUAUUAAAAAAAAUAAAAAAACCUUAUAAACGUUUUAGGCAUGCUAGUAGAUCCAUUGGUCUGUCGGUCCACCAACCGCUCAAUAACACUUCAGGAUACCUCGGAAACUACUGACUGAAUUCUCUUCAACUUCCGUUGUACUUUGAUAUUAAUCCCUACACAGCAUGCUAACAUGUUAAAUGUUAGCAUGCUAAACUUACAUAAGUAUUACCAUACCAUGCUAACAAGUCUGACAGGGAACAACAUGGCCUUUCCUCUGUUGCUCUCCUCAGGCCAGACAUUUUCCCCAUUUAGUGGUGAAGAUCUAACAGCGAAUGUGUCUGUACUUUUCAUCCACCAAUAUAUGUUUUUUUUCUAGGGUGUAAUGAGCUUCACACUCUCAUGGGCCACCAGUGUGACUAUAUUCUAAAUUAUAACCUCAUGUUUUUGCAUCCAUGAGCCAUCUGAAAAGCUCCCAAGAGUUGCAUGAAGCCAGCUCCUUAGUGUCACGUUCUGAAGACUUAAUGGCUGCAAUACCAGACACAUUGCUACAAAUACAGCAUUACUGUAGAAUUCAGGAGCGUUACAUUAACAUCUCUGUAUUAAGAAUAUUCUGCACAAGAAA